UGAUAUGAAAAGAGUUUUAAAUGCAGAGAAGUUUGAAAAUUUUGCAGUAGAAAGAGUUAAGGAAUCUGAACCAUUUGUAACUGUUGACAACAAGGAGAAGAAUUUCAUAGUUUUUAUUACGGUCAUUGUGGUGUUGGUUUUCAUAUUGACCAUUACGAUGAUUCUAUUUUAUGCAAGUAAUCGCAGAUAUACCAGGAAAUUAAGAGCAGCUAAAACCACUACAAAUCCAUCAGAUGAAAUAGCUGAAGAUGCAUUCCCUGGAACCAAUUUGUUUUCAGAUGGACAGAUUAAUCCAUUAUACAACAAUUUCGAUGAAAAUGACAUGGGUAGUCCCUUACCAGACAAAGAGAGUUUGUAUUCAGACACUAACAAUGAAUUUGAUGGUAUGUAUCAUAAAAAUAUCAAUGCUGUACCAAACAAUCUUUACAACUUUGAUGGUGACACAGCAUUUCCAAUGCCAGCAGACAACUCCAAAUUAGAUCUGGACAGUGUUAUCAAAGAACGUGAUGCAGAAAUGAACAAGAUAAACAAUAAUUCUACAGUUCUUUACGGUAAUUCAGAAGAUGAGCCAGAGGUUGAAGCUACUGAAGUAUAACAAGCUAAAUAUUUUAUUUACUUGUGAAUGUAAAAGAAAAUGAAAAAAAUUGCAUCAAUAAUUGAUUAGAAAAAUAUAUUCAUGUAUGCGUACGUAU